AUGGAGGCGGCGGGCACCUGGGCGCUGCUUCUCUUGGUGCUGCUCCUGGUGCUGACGCUGGCGCUGCCUGGGACCCGGGCGCGAGGCCACCUGCCCCCUGGGCCCACGCCGCUGCCGCUGCUGGGGAACCUCCUGCAGCUCCGGCCUGGGGCGCUGUACUCGGGGCUCUUACGGCUGAGUAAGAAGUAUGGACCAGUGUUCACCGUGUACCUGGGACCCUGGCGGCGCGUUGUGGUCCUGGUUGGGCGCGAGGCUGUGCAGGAGGCCCUGGGAGGUCAGGCCGAGGAGUUCAGCGGACGGGGUUUGGUGGCAACGCUGAACGGAACCUUUGAUGGCCAUGGGGUUUUCUUCUCUAAUGGGGAGCGAUGGAGGCAGCUGAGGAAGUUCACUACGCUGGCCCUGCGGGACUUGGGCAUGGGGAAACGAGAAGGUGAGGAGCUGAUCCAGGCGGAGGCCCAGUGUCUGGUGGAGGAGCUCCGGAAAACCAAAGGAUGGCCUCUUGACCCCUCACUGCUGCUGGCCCAGGCCACGUCCAACAUCAUCUGCUCCCUCGUCUUCCGCCUCCGCUUCCCCUACGACAAUGAGGAAUUCCAGGCCGUGGUCCAGGCGGCUAGUGGCAUCGUCGUGGGGGUCAGCUCCCCGUGGGCCCAGACCUACGAGAUGUUCUCCCGGCUCCUGCAGCACCUCCCGGGCCCCUACACGCAGCUCCUCGGCCAAAUGUGCACUGUGGCUACCUUCGCCGUCCAGCAGAUACAGCGGCACCAGAGGAGCCUGGACGCCUCAGGCCCCGCACGUGACGUUGUGGAUGCCUUCUUGCUGAAGAUGGCAAAGGAGAAGCAAGACCCAAACACAGAAUUCACUGAGAAGAACUUGCUGAUGACGGUCACUUAUCUGUUGUUCGCCGGGGCGGUGACAGUCAGUACCACGGUUCGCUACACUCUCCUGCUCCUGCUGAAAUAUCCUCAGGUCCAAGAGCGUGUGCAGGAGGAGCUGACGCGGGAGCUGGGGCCCGGCCAGGCGCCAAGCCUGGGGGACCGAGCCCGCCUCCCCUACACGGACGCGGUUCUGCAUGAGGCGCAGCGGCUGUUGGCGCUGGUACCCAUGGGAAUGCCCCGAGCCCUCGUCAAGACCACCCGCUUCCGGGGGUACACCCUGCCCCAGGGCACGGAGGUCUUCCCUCUCCUUGGCUCCAUCCUGCAUGACCCCGAGGUCUUCAAACAGCCUGAGGAGUUCAACCCAGGACGAUUCCUGGAUGCAGACGGAAAGUUCAAAAAGCACGAGGCCUUCCUGCCCUUCUCCUUAGGUAAGCGUGUCUGCCCCGGGGAGGCCCUGGCUCGGACCGAGCUCUUCCUCCUGUUCACCGCCAUCCUGCAGGCCUUCUCGCUGGGGAACCCAUGCCCACCGGGUGCCCUGAGCCUCCAGCCAGCCGUCAGUGGCCUUUUCAACAUCCCCCAAGCCUUCCAGCUGCAAUUCCGGCCCGCUGACCUCCACCCCACCCCACCCCACCGUGUGGACCGGAUGAAGAAGGGAAACUUGGGAGGUAGUAGCCUUGGCGGUUGCCGUGGACAUGGCUGUGUCUCCUGAGCCACACGUCUACACCACAGGCAGCCACAUUCGCACACCUGUAGCUGUUUUCUAGAGUCGGUCACACAUAUAUGCAGCCUACACAUCCACAGGGUCAUCAGCCCACGCAACCACACGCCCAGACACACCCACGAGGGCCACAGGGCAACUCAGCCAUGCAGCUUUCUACUGACAUAAAUGUAGUCCAUCUGGAAUCACACCCACAUGCCCAGAUAACCCACCAACUCAUACACAGCGCAGCUCCCCUGGACCCACAACCCACGCGUGGGGAUUCAGCUGCCGCCUUCACAAGCCACGGAAACAGCCACAGUGUUGGCAGCCCACGUGCCCUCUUAACUCAUCAAACUUACCAGGGCCACCAUCUCUGGGAGCCUAGAGCGGAGAACAUGCCCCAUGCCAGCUCAUGUCACCACACAGAGACCAUCUCUGUCCUCAGCCCUCAAGUGACCGUACCGCUAUCCAGGCCUAAGACUGUCGCCAUCCACAUGCCCCCAACCACUGAACCACACAGCCAGCCCAUGUGGGACACCCGCCCGCCUCCGGGGUAUCUUCCGACUAAGAUAUACGACUCCCGCGGAGGCCCAGCUCUGGCCUCCUCCGCACCUUCAGCCCUCAAGGGCACCCCUUUCCAGGCAGCCCGAUCCCCCAAAUGCUCCCAAAUACAGACACACCCCAGUGUGCAGUUGUGCACAAGCCUGGAAACAAAGUAAACUUGGACAUACGUGGAAACUCAGACCAGGGGAACACACACACACACACACACACACACACACACACACA